AUACUUAACCCUCGCCAAGCUGCCUGGAUACAGGGCGGCUGGGCCUGGAAAAGCCGCCUGGAGGUUACCCGGACUCUGGGAAAGGCCAUCGGGAGCAGGCCUGGGCAGGAAGCCGAGGCCCCGGGGAGCUGGGAGCGGAGGUUCCCCAGCCAGUCACGUCCUGCGAGGGGGUGGGGGGAUUGGGGCGGGUAGCCUGGGCCGGAGCAUAUUUGGGGACGCGUCCUGGUUCUAGGAGCUUCCAGUGGCUGCCUUGCACAAGUGACUCCUGGGCCCAGUUCUGGGGCAAAGAUGCCUGCCCUUCACAUCGAGGAUCUGCCAGAAAAGGAAAAGCUGAAGAUGGAGGUUGAGCAACUUCGCAAAGAAGUGAAGUUGCAGAGACAACAGGUGUCUAAAUGUUCUGAAGAAAUAAAGAACUAUAUUGAAGAACGUUCUGGAGAGGAUCCUCUAGUGAAGGGGAUCCCAGAAGACAAGAAUCCCUUCAAAGAAAAGGGCAGCUGUGUCAUUUCCUAACUCUGGGGGAAACUCUAUUCUCACUCUUGACAAGUUGUUCUUUCAUAUGUUUUAUUUUCCCCUAAAUAAAACCAACGUGUGUGUUAAAGAAGGGAAAAAUGUAAUUGAGAAGAAAACUGCUGCAGGCACUCUCCAGGAAGUUUAUGUGCGACUGUGAGGUGUGCCUGCUUCUGACCCGUGCUCAGGAUACUCUGUCUUCAGAGGGCAGUUGUGGGAGGAAGGCAUGACCCUCCCCUUUCAGUGAGCUGCUUGCUGCCUCCAAUAAAGUUUGUCUUGGGAAAA